AGUACCUAGAUUGGAGGCAAUAUGGUGUGUAGCACCGGUAUCCAUGAGCCAUGUGGGUUCUUGGAAGGUGAGUGGGGGCCAGCACUCCGGGUCUAGGGUUUGGGUAAGGUGAGUUAUAGGAACUUUGGACGUCCGUUAGCGGCCGUUGUCUCGAUCCGCCGUUUGAGCGCCCUCGACCACGACCCCGGUUGCCGUUGCCACGCCCUUGUCCGCGUCCAAAACUGCUGCGCUGUCCCGAGGAAGAGCCAUCGCCAAAAUUGCUGCCAAAAACACGAUCCUCACUGCCGGCAUGAGGAGUACCGCGGCUGCCACCCCCGCCGUGCUGACAGGCGGUGAAACCGCCGGCGUCCCGACCUGCCAGCAGCGCCGUGCUGCUGGUUCCGCCCAGGGGAGUCCGUUUCCGAUCGAGGAGGAGGAGAGCCGAUCGUACCUGGAUGAAACUCGGCAUGGGAUCUUGGAACUGGAGAAACGUGGGCUACGUUUCCGUUCGGCAGCGCUGCGAUGGGGAUGGAAUUGCUACUGCCAGACAAACAUCUCCAGUCCAAUAAGAUCAAUGGGUAUGCACACUAUAAGCCCAGUUAAUCCUGAGAUCGUGAUAACCUCCAAGCCAGACGAUUGGGUUACACAGGAUGCUUCGGGGUUCGACCUCAACAACAAGAUCAUAGACGAACAUCAUGAGGGUGAGUGGUUCUCUAAAGAUCACCAGCCAUCAAUGAAAUGGAUGGAGAGCUUGUGGGCACAGAUUGGUCAUAUUCAUUGGCUUGAUAAGGAAAUUGAUGUCAAGUCUAUGCUAGAUGAUUGGGUUGAUUUUAAGGAGGAGGCUUCGGCGGGGUACCUUAAGAGGAUCAUAAGGAGACUUCGCAAGGAUGGGCGGUUCUCUCUAGCUCUAAAGGUUUAUGAAUGGAUGAGAAAUAAAGGUAUUUAUAAAUUCUCGUGUACUGACCAUGCUGUCCUGAUAAAUUUGAUUUGGAGGGUUCGAGGAUGUUCUGCUGCGGAGCGCCAUGUGAGGCACUUGCCAAACCAAGCUAGAAAUGACAAGACAUGUGGAGAACUCCUUCAUUGUUAUGUGCAUGAAAACAGAACAGGAGAGGCUUUAUUGCAUUUUCAGAAGAUGAAAGAGUUGGGUUUUGCGUUGUCACUUCGCCCUUUCAAUGAAAUCAUGCGCCUUUACGCCAAUAGUCUCCAAAUUGAGAAGGUCCUUGGGGUGUUAGCCGAGAUGAAGAAGAGAAAGUGUACUUACGCCGUGGUAGCCCAGUUCUAUGAUAGAGAAUUCCUUGUAGAAAAGGCCACUGAUGCUCUUGAAAAGGCAAGGGUAAUAUUACAAAAGAAGGAUAUUAGAAGGAAAAGCCCCAAUUAUCUGCUAGAAAGUGAUUAUGAGAAUGUGAUAAAGUCACUGGUGAAGCUUGGUAAGUUAGAUGAGGCUAUGAAGUUUGUCAAGGAGUGGGAAGUACUCGUCGAUGCAAGAUACAAACUCAAAGUCGCUUUGUUGGUACAUCCAGAGGACUCAGCGGCCCAAGCAGUUAAUAUGGAUUAUGAGGACAUUAUAAGGUCACUAGUGGAGUGGGGCGAGUUGAACGAGGCCAUGAAGAUGGCGAGAGAGUGGGAAUCAUCUGGCAACUUGUCUAGUCUUGACGAUUUAAACAUUUCCAAGCUGAUCAUCGAGGGAUAUUGUAGGCAGGGUCUGUUUAUUGAAGCAGAGGGAUUGGCAGAAGCUUGGACAAGAGAGAAGAAGUGUUGGGCUGGUGGGAUUUGGUUCAUACUUGCUGAUCAUUACCAGGAACAGGGUAAACUGGUCAGAGGAUUUGAGUGCAUGAGGAGAUUUUGGGACUUCACCCCGUGGCUCGAAGGCUCUUUCGAGUUUGAAAUGUUUUUGUUUAUGAUUGACUAUUCAAGAGGCAUGAGUGCCUCACUAGGGCACUUGGGGCGGGAUGAAAAGGAUACUUUCUUUUACUUGUAUGACAUGUUAUGUCCCUACCAAAGAUGAGUAUCCCCGCCCCAAAAAUAUUAGAGGCCGUUCCCAUUGGGAACCAAUGUUAUGCGAUGACCCGGGGUGCUCCAGUGCCCCGUUCAUGAAAUUGAUGGUUCCUACCCCCCUAAUCUCCCGGUACACCUCCCCACCCCGUCCCGACCCAAACACGUCCCCCACCCCCUUCAAUUGCACCCCCAAGUUGAUUUUGACAUGAAAACCAAGGUGAAAUUAUUAUUAUUAGGUCCGAUGUUUUAUUUUGACUAUUUUCCACUAGGUAUUUGGUAUUCUU